GCCAAGAAUUUCAAAAGUAGAAUGUAGAAAGCAUUAUUGUGUAGAUAGUAAUCGUGUUCACUAAAGAUUUCUACAUGUAGUUUUGGUUGAAGUCAGAUUGAGAUUUUUAUGUGGGAGUGUAUUUUCUUAUUAUUUGUUACUUGCAUAUAGCUGACAUCGUGCUGGGAUUCACAGCAAAAGUAUAGCAGAAGUAGAGCCUAAAUUGUAUUUCAUUCAAGAAAUUUGAACAUGGACUUUGAAACGAUGAACGCGUGCUGUGUGUUCCUCUGGUUGUUCACAUGCUUGCAUCAUACUCUGGGACUCGGACCGUGUGAUCAGGUGACAAACGUCUGUAUCAAUGGAGCCUGUCAAAACCAAAGCUGCACCUGUAAUCCUGGAUUUAUCCUUGACCCUAUCAAUCCACUUCUCUGUAAUCCUAUCCCGCAAUGCAACUUAAUGCCGGGUUCACCUGACCAGCAAUGUUCUAACGGGAUCUGUCUACCCCAGCCACAGAAUGGUCAGUUUUCGUGCUCGUGUUACCCUGGCUACACACCGAAUGUAGCCAAUCCGAACAUAUGUGAUGACGUGGAUGAGUGUCUAACAGCUAAUACUGGCUGUACUCCAGGAUUGUGCUUUAAUACUCCUGGGGAUUACGUCUGCAGCGGCUGUGUAACUGGAUACAUACUUUUGUAUGGGAAGUGUGAAGUACCGAUGUCUGUUCCAGCUCUACCCAAACUUAUCUACAAAAACCCAAUCAAUGGUGGAAGUUUUAUGAUGGCCUAUUUAAUAGACGACAUCUUCUUGUAAGCAGAAGUGUGUUUCGUCACAGAUCCAAAGAACGAGAACUCUGUAAGGUUAAGACCCUGAAUCAUCAGCACCACCAAAGGAAUGUAGUCCUAAUCCUAUCCUAAAUCUACUGAUUAAUUUGUGAUUUAUUUAGAAAAUAAUGGUUCUGGGGACUAUUGUUACUUGUUACUAUGUAGGCCUUUUAUUACUAUAGUAUUACUGUUUCUUCCUGCUUAGGAGUGAAAGACUACGAAAGAUAAAAUUUCUUCAACAAUAAAAGAAAAUUAUUAAAAGCCCUUGAGAUAUCAACAUCAAAGGGUGUCGCUACUGCAAAAGUUUGUAAAUAAAAUUAUUCUUUCAUAUCUACUGGUAUUGAUAUAGGAAAUCCCAGAUGUAGACAUGUAUUGGGUUUUAGGCUGGAUCUAGCCAUGUAGGAUCAACACUCUUUACCAUUGCCUACAUUGAAUAGAACAGUAAAAGCACAAGUUGGUUAGUAGGCCCCCUAUUCCCAACUGUAUAACCAGGCUUAAAACUAAAUCUUUUCAACACUCCAUUACAUUUAUGUUGGACUUUAAACUGUUAUGGUGUUUUUAUACAGCUAUAUUUGUCAUCUAAUCAUUGCAUUAAAAAUAUAUUUAACAA